AUGGCAUAAGCUCAGGCAUUGGCUGGAGAGAAUUACGAAUUCAAAGCUGCUCCAGAAGUUGUGAAACCGAAACCUAAAUACAGAUAACCGGCUUUAUUAUCUUCAGAGGAUCAAAAUAAUAGUUCAUUGUUGGGAUGCAAUAUAAUGUUUGAUAAAAGGGUUGUAAGAGGAAAUACUUAUGCAAGUGUGUAAACAUAAGGUGAUAAAAAAUUAAUGACACUGAAAUCAUUCAAAAAACCAUAACAAAAAUCAGCUUAAUAACCAUAGACAACCUAUUUACAUCCAAGCACUCCUAGACCAUUUUAAAAUCGUGUUAACAUUGAUAUCUAAACUGAUGAAUAUUUAGAAAUAUUGACAGAUAAACCACCUGAAUAAGAGAUGGAUGCAUAAACCGACUACUAUAUUGAUAAACCACCUGAUAGAUUGUUUGUACCGAAGAAGAAUGGUAUAGAUAAAGAAACCUAAAUUUGGGAAGGAGAUCUCUUUGAUUUUGAUUAGGAAGUAGAACCAAUCUUGUAGGUCUUAAUGAAUAAGAUAUUGGAACAAUCAAGAAUGGAAGUAUUGGAAGAAGAAGAAAUUAAGUUAAUGAAGCACUAAUAGAAAUAACAUGAAAAAUAAAAGACUUCAGUUCUAUCAGAAAUGCAAAGAUUGGAGGCUGUUCAAUAAAGAUUAGAUUAAGAGGAGGCAAGAAGAAAAUUGCAAUAUGAAACAUUUUUAAAAAUACAAAAGCAAAGUCAUUAAAAAAUAGUUUGCAGAAAUCUAUCAAAAUCAUUAAUAAAUCCUCUUAAAUAAAAUACAAUUAAGAGAUUAUAGGAUUUAGGCGUUUUUCGAGAUCCAUUAGAAACAGCUUUAUUAUAUGAGUAUAUUCCUUGGGUUUAUGAAAAUGUGUUAAAUUAGUUAGUUGAUGAAAAUGAUAAUGCGUCUAAUUUUAAUAGUAAAUCAUUAACAUUAUUAGGAUAUGUUAAAUACUAUCGAAGAAACUAUUACUAUUGA